AUGGUGGAGAGUCCUCAAGUAACAAGUACCACAGGCCGUGGUCGUGCAAAAGGUCCAACAAAACCAAGAAAGCCCCGGGCAAAGAAAGAAAAAGUAGUGGCAGCAUCCCAGUCACUAGAUCAAUUACCCGUGUCAGAAGAUUGCGUCACAGCAGGUACAGGUCUACAAAGCAAUUCCGAACUAGACACCGACUUAACUGAAGAUAUUUCGAAUUUAGAUAGCAGUGCACUCUCAAUGGAAGAACUUGCGUGUGGAAAAGUGAAAAAGCCGCGAACGCCACGUAAAACCAAAGAAAGAAAACCACGUGCGCCCAAAGAACCCAAAACGCCUAAGGAACCAGGAGAAAAACUAGUUAAAGAACGAAAAAGACGUGAACCUAGGGAUCCUAAUGCACCGAAAAGAAAAAGAAAUGUUAAAAAAGUUGCACCAGAAAUUCAAGCAGACACAACGACGAGCAAUGAUCUACUAGAAAAAAGUGCUCCUAUGAACAACCCAAAUGAUUUUCAGACCGAUAAUACUGUUAUAAAUAUAGAUCCCGACAAAAACAUAAAAGUUGUUACAGAGAUGCCAUCUUUAGAUGACUGUAAUGUCACAGAUUUUGAUGAUAUUCCUGUGUCCAAAAUAGCCAUCAAGGAUUUGCUAGAAGAAGCAGAAGCAAAGCGUGAACAAGCAGAGAGAGAAGAGGAUAUUGAUAACACAGGACAAAAAAAGAAAGCUUCUAAGAAAAAAUCGUCUGGAGGGAGUAGCUGCAAAAAACUUGUGGCAAAGAAAACUCCAAGUGGAAAAAAGAAAAGGCGGGGGGGAUUAAUACCAGAGUCGGAUGGUGAACCGGACGACUUAAUAACUACUCCACCUCCGUCUCCACCUCCUGAAGGUGACGAUAGUUUGAAACGUCGAUCUGCUAGAAAUACACAACGAAAAAAAUACACUGACGACGUAAUGUUGCGCUUAUCUGAUGAUGAAUUCACUAUGUCAACUCCGAAAUUUGAAAAGGAUUCCGAUGGCUUGAAUCUAGAAUGCAAAGAUUUUCAACGACCUGAAACUACCCCUAAGCCAAAUUAUAUUUAUGUUAAUACCACAGAAGAAGAUUCAAUGAUAGUUCAACAUGUAUUAGCAUCUCGAAUGGGAAAACGAGAGCUUAAACCUGAACCGCCAGUUAGUGAACAGACGAACGCGGAAAAGCCCGAGUUGUUAGACAAAGAUAAUGUUGAGGAAAAUGAGAAAGAAUGUCAAAAUGAAAGUGCUGGCCCAAGUAGUACCAAUAUAGAAAAAUAUGAAGAAAAGCCAAAAAUUGAGUCUAUUGAAGCAUUAGAAAGUCAGCAGAAAAUGGUGAAAAUUUACAGGUUGAUAUGUCGCAACACUUAUGAAAGGGAGAUGUUUGAUAAAGCAUCAUUAAAACUUGGUCUGGACAAAGCAAUACUACAAAGUAUGAAUACUGCACAGGGUAAAGAAGCUGGGUUAAAACAGUUGUCUAAGAAGGAAAUUGAAGACUUGUUGAAAAAAGGAGCAUAUGGAGCCGUAAUGGAUGAAGAUAACGCUGGCGAUAAAUUUUGUGAAGAAGAUAUUGAAAUGAUUCUAGCUCGCCGCACACAAGUUAUUCAGAUGGAGUCCGAAAAGGGUUCUACGUUUUCAAAAGCCAGUUUUGCAGCUACUGAUCAAAGAUCUGACAUUGAUAUAAGAGAUCCUGACUUUUGGAAUAAAUGGGCAAAAAAGGCUGAUAUUGAUACUACAGAGAAAAAGGAAGACGAAGAUUUAAUUGUAACAGAACCAAGAAAAAGAACAAUUAUAAAAAGAUACGGUCACGACGAUGGCCCUAUGGAAAUGUCAGAUAUGGAAGUAACACCAGAUUCUGAAGACGACGAAGAAGGAAUUAGCCUGAGAAGCAAAAGGAAAAAAGAAAAGUUAGGCAGAAAAGGAAGAAGAUAUGCAAGUGAUGACUAUGUCCCAAGGCAUGAAGGUUUUCCACUUGAUGAGGAAGUUGUUUAUGGGUCUUGGACCAGAUCAGAGUGUUUUAAGAUUGAAAGAGGAUUAUUAACUUUUGGAUGGGCGCGAUGGGAAGAAAUUAUUGACAAAAAUCAAUUCCGAAAGGGGUGGACAUUACCUGUUAUUGAAGAUUGUGCGCGAAUAAUUGUUUUAUAUUGCUUGCGUCACUAUAAGGGUGAUGAAAAAAUACGCAAUUUCAUCUGGGAUUUGAUUGAACCCUGUGAAAAUGGUGAAGUAACAAUUUCUAGAAAUCACAGUGGUCUUCAUAACCCAGUCCCUCGCGGUAGGAAUGCUAAGAAAAAGAAUCGAUUAAAAGAAGUCCCGAAGCUAAAUGAUCUACAAAAAUGGGAAGAUCCAAGUCAUUGGAGUUCUACAGAUAAAUAUGACUGUGAAGCCUAUUUGGAAAGUAGUUAUAAGAAACAUUUGUUCCGGCAUGCCAACAAAGUGCUGUUGAGGGUGCGUAUGAUGUAUUAUAUAAAACAUGAAGUAAUUGGCGACUAUGCGACGCAAAUAGAAAACGGAGUACAUGCAAGCUCAUUGGGGAUGCGUGUGCCGCGUGGAGUGGAUAGUACACCACCACGACUAUGGUGGGAUACGGAAUGUGACGUGUCUUUACUAGUUGGCACUUACAUUCAUGGUUAUGAAAACUACCUAGCAAUGCGGUCUGAUCCACAACUAUGCUUUGUGGAUAAAUUGGGACCACCUGAUGACGCCGAAUGUACAGAUAUCAAGAGUGAAGAGCGCAAAGUGAGAGGAAGCGUCGUAGGUGAUGAAGACUGCACCGACGACGUGUCGAGCGGCGCUGGUGCUACGUCGCCCGCCGCCUCCCCUCGCCCUGAUGACGACAGUGCACACGCCAGCCACUUGUGGCCUUCCAUGCAAGACCUAAAUACUAGGCUACGCCGCCUAAUAACCGCCUACCAGCGCAACUACAAGCGCGAGGAGCUUAAAAUGCAACAGAGAGCUAAGAUGGAGCGUAGAGAAAGAAUGGAUCAACUUGCACGAGACGAAGUUUCGCAGUGGCGUUGGACCCGUGCGGAUGAAGAGGCUUUCAGGCGGACUGUCGCUUCUUAUGGAGUUGAAUUCGACCCAGCUACCAAGAGCCUCCGCUGGAAUCGCUUUAGAUCUUUGGCGCGGCUGGAUUCAAAGAGCGACGAUGCUCUGACUGACUACCUAAAAGCAUUUAUGGCUAUGUGUAAACGACAGUGUGGCUUAUCAGUUGGCGAAGCAGAGUUGCCAACACGAGCAGACUUAAAAGCAGAACCUAUUGGCGAGGAAAGAGCUAUAGCGACAUUAGAAAGGAUCGAUUUACUUCGCGUGCUACGCGAAGAAGUGGCGCCACACCCGGCCUUGGAGGCGCGUUUGGCUCUCGCUGAGCGCUCGCUUGACACACCGCCUUGGUGGCAGCCCGCACGCCACGAUAAGCUGCUCGUUCUUGGAGUCUGCAAACAUGGACUGGGUGACACAUUUAAUAAAAUAUUUUCUGACCCAAAAUUACCUUUCGCCGAUUGCGCUAGAAAAUGGCAACCGAAAUACAAAACUAGUACUAAAAAAGAACCGGAAAAACAAUCUUCAGAUGAAGAGGACAAAAGUAACUUUGAAGGUACUAAUGAAACUCGGAUGUCAUUGCGUCGCAGUAAACGAACGUCUAAUAUAUGUGAUCGCGACACCGAGGAAGAUAUGGAUGCUUUAAGCGAGCUUGAAACUCUAGCUAAGUUGGGAAGAGUAGAGGAAUCCUUAUCACCUGACCUCUGGUUCUCAGAGAGAGCAUUGGAAACUAGAUUGCAUCACAUUGCGCAUGCCGUACAGAAUUGUGAGUGGCCUUCAGCAGCACCUGCACAAAAGGCGGGGGAAAGCAACACUGCGCAAGCGGAAGUGCAGGACGAGCGUAAACAAGUACAAAAGCGACAUAUCGCCAUAGAUGUGGAAACGGAGCGAGCGAAGUUGCAUGCGCUGUUGUCAUCGCCACAAGCGGCGCAUACUUCGAAUCGGGAGGUGCACAGAGCCGGCAGUUCUACUGUUAGUGUCAGUGCGAGCGGCGGCACGUGUAUCGGCGAGCGCGAUGACGCUUCGAGCGAUUCGGGCUCCCGAAGAUCGACGCCCGCACCGCCACCCGCUCACCAACGAGUCGCCCCGUCGCCGGCGCCAAGCGCCGCGGCGGCUUCACCUUCGCCCAGCGUAUCGAGCGCCUCCGUUGCGCCGGUGGAUCUCUCCGCGCCCCUUGACCUGAGCGAAGCGCAGGACUUCUCGUUGGGGCGACGCACGCCGCAAAUCGGCGAUGCUCAGGCGCCCACUGUGGCAACCGCUGCAACCGCUGCCACCGCUGCCGCGACACCACCGCGCAGCAGACUGGACGAUACCCUCAGCAGACUGAUGAAACGCAAGAAUGUUCCCGCACCGGAACAAAUUAUUGGAAAAGAAAAGAAGAGGAAAAAGUUAGACGAAAUUGUAUUAGAUCCAUAUCUUCUUGAAACACUUUCGAAACAGACACUGAAUUAUGACAGUGCAUUGAAAGCUGAGGCCAAGCAGCGAACUCGUGAUAGCGACAACAAUGAAAAUACGGCGACAGAUUUGUCUAAAUCUGAUAAAAAAAAAAAUCCUUUUGAAUCGUUACGAACACAGGUUCCACCUGAAUUCGCCGCAGUUCAGGAAAAACUUUUGAAAGGUGAUAAGAAAGACAUUGAUAUAAGCAAAAUGCUUUUAGAACAAAUGGCUUCCGGUGCUUUAAGCGCAAGUCUGGUCAGUUCAGCUGAAGCUAAGAAAAAUAAAGAAAUCGAAAAAGAAAUUUGCGAAAAAGGUAAAACUUCAGUGGAUUAUCUUUCGAGGAUAUCAAGUGAAGAAAAUGUUACCAAUUUAACAAUGGCUCAUAAAAGAACGCUUGAAGAAAUUAGUAACGAACCUGAAAAUUUAGCAUUACAACCAACUGCUAAGAAAACAAAAGAAAGUUCUACUUCGGAAGUACUCACAAACGUUGAAAAACAAUCUGAACAUUCUACAACUACAGGAGAAAUGGAUCUGGAAGAUUUAAUAGCUCCGUCGACUGUUAUAAAGACCGGUAUGAAAGCGACUGAUUUCGAAUUGAAUAAGCCAAAUGACACUACAACGCAAUUAUUAACAAUGAAUAUAGAUAAAGACGACAAAUCACAAAUUAAGAACGUUGCUAAUGAUGAUACCGAUGUUCAUGACGGUAAUGAUAAUUCGAUGGUACUAGAUUGCACGAACAGUUUAACAGAGACUGACAAAAAAACUGAGGUUGGAAAUGAUGAAAGCAAUUCUGAUUUGCUAUCUGGCGAUGCUUCUAAAAAAGGUAAUAGAAAAAAGAAUCGAAAAUCGUCCGAAGAACCUUUAAUAUCCGGCCCACGUCGGGAAUUACGAUCAAGUGCUGGAAGACUAUCAACUGACGGAUUUAACCAU